CAUAUUUUGUAUUAUUCAACUUAUGAUUAACUUAACUAGAUAGCAAGAUUUUUUGAUUUAGAUACACCAGAAGGCCAUGUUAUAAGAGCUAAUUUCAAGGCAUUGCAAAGUGGUGCAUUUGCUGUGGUUGGAAAGAUGUUGGCAACUAUGAUUGUACAGGGAGGAGAGUUACCACAAAUCUUUGGCCCUGGUGUAUGUCAAUAUAUUCAGGGUGGGUUUGAUGAGGCAUUUCCCAUUGUUGAUGAAGUUCCAAAUAGCAACAUUCGAACAUCUCUAAAGGAGUUAAAUUCAGCAAAAUGCCAAAUGGAACUUGACAACUUGUGGAAGGAAUGUGCAUGGAAAUUUGACAUAGAUGGUAUGCCCUUGAACAUUGCCCUGCAACAACAAGACACCCUGGUCAAAGAGAUAACUAAAUACUUUGUCAUAAUACAAUGCAAGUCCAUGUUGGAUCAAUUUAUUGAAGGACUUUCAUAUUAUGGGGUAUUAGAGUUCAUCAGAAAGAACAAAGGAAUGGCCCAUCACAUGUUUGCAAAGAAGAAACAUGGUAACCUAUCAGUGCAAGAAGUUUUGGAGCUAUUGAGUCCUGCCUUUGCACCUCAGGGCAACCAAAGAAGGAUACCUGAGGAAGUCAUUAUGGCAAAGUUCAUUGCAUUUUUGAAAUCAAUUGAAGAUGGUACUUUGCAAGAAAGUUUGGAGGAUUGUGAUGUGGAACUCACUGACCAAGAAAAAAACUUUAUUCCGCAAUUGACACCAAGCCAUGUGCUGUUGUUUGCCACUUGGGCUGCAAGCAUACCAUCUAUAGGCUUUGACCCAAAGCCUGUAAUUAAUUUUGUGCAUGAUAGUGAAAAAGCAAUCCCUUGUGCACAGACAUGCACAAAUACAUUGAAUCUAUUUGUAAAUAGUAGAACCAAGGAUGGUAAUUUGUCACAUUACCUUCUAACAGUAUUGAUGAAUGGUGGCAUCUUUAGUAAAUUGUAAAAUACAUGCUUUUCUUACACUAUGACAUUAAAUUUUUUCUAUUUAAAUUUUAA